CAUUUCGCAACCAAAUUUUGCAAUUUUACUAAUUUCAUUAUGUUCUUUUUAGCUGUGGUGUUUGAUCCCCUUCUAUUUACUUAGAUUAAAAUUUAAUCUAACAUGCAAGUUGUCCAUUGCGUAUUGCAAGGUGAAAGACACUUCUAACAUUUCUUAUAUAUCUUUAGGGUUCCUCGCCAACGAUUGCCGCCCUAGAUCCCAACGUGCGUAGUAUGGUUAUAGACGCUAUGUGGGCGUGUAUACAAGACUUGAGGAACGAUGUCAAUGUGAGGGAAUCUGCUCUCAUGCCAUUUGUCGUUAGAAAGGAAAAACGAAAAGCGAAAAAGACUGAAUCACCUUCGCCAAAAAUGGAAAGAAAAGUUAGUGUCAUGAUGAUUGAUUUAAAUCUAAUUUUGACUAGAGUGGAUCGAUAUCGCAAAUACCGAAUACCGAUAUCCCGCCAUCAGAAUACCGGUAAAUACCGAUAUUUUUAACGUGUUUUUUUUAAGCCAAACUGAACUGCUGACCGUCGAGAAAAAUCAAGUUUUGACAAAAUAUUAAUGUGGCACAUACUGUUAUUAGUGCAAAUGUCACAAGAUUCGCAUUAUCAAGCUAUGUUAACGGCGCUAAGCGGCGUUAGUGCCGAAUCUGGGAGCAUUAACUUUGCUUUCUAAACGUGAUUGUAAGCAAGUUUGAAUUGAAAUAGCAUUUCAAUUCGGUAUUAGGCAGCAAAAUACCGAAAUGUCGGUAUAUCGGUAUUUUUAAAUUGUCAAUAUCGCCAAACCGGUAUCUAAAUAAAUACCGGUAUACCGGAUAUAUCCGGUAUAUCGAUCCACUCUAAUUUUGACUUUGUUAAAUGUAGUGGCCAAUGACAUUGUCCUUACUGCUGAGUCGAGGUCGAGAGCAGGAUAUUACCGGUACUUAGGAUGGAUAGCUUUUUUCAGGGUUCGUGCAAAACUUGAAAGCCCUUGAACUUAUAAAGAGGCGCUUGAAAUUCCUUAUAUUCUGUAGAUACUUUCUGAAAUCGUUUCACAUAAAAAAAGAUGAUGUUGAAUCGAUGUUGUUCAUGUCCUAGCUGUUUGAUUGUCAUUUGAAGAGUUCGAUGGCCUUUAAGGCUGCUGCUCUCCAAUCACGCGUUUUUCAUACGCACGGAAAAGUUUAAAUCUUUUUAAAUGUUACUUGUGAAAUAACUGAUUUAAUUAAUGUACAUUUGUACAAGUAAUUCAUACUAGUGUUAAAUUUAAAAAAGAUUUAAACUUUUAUGAAAAACGCGUGACUGCAUGGUGAGCAGCCUUUAAGCUGGAGUAAUACCGAGCAACAAAAUUGCUGCAACUUGCAACAAAAUAUGAUUUCAACGCAUGUUAAGUAGAAAUGUCGACACAUGUUGCAUCGUCAUUUGUAAUUUAUGUGCGUUGAAAUCAGAUUUUGUUGCAAGCAUAGAUAUCUUAUAUACACUAGAUAGCGCAUCUCCUUUAGUAAAACUGAAGCCAAGAAUAUUCCAUCGGUUACACCCAUUUGAAUAGAUGGCGGCCAUGUUGGAGUUUCCCACUCGCUAAUAAACGCUUAAAAACAACAAUAACUUACAUCGUUUGAAUAGUUUAAGAAUGUAUUUGGAAUAGGUUUAAGUUAAUGUUUAAGUUCCCUGUUUAAGAAAUAGAAAACAUACCAAUCUUCUCAUUUCAUGGGAAUACCCUGAGCCUGCAAUCACGGCUUCAAUUUUUGAAUUGCGGACUAAUUAGAUGCACUAUCUAGUGUAUGGUUGCAAGUUGCAGCAGUUUUGUUGCCUGUAUUACUCCAGCUUUAGUCCUUGAAUUUCCUGAUAGGUAGUCUUAGGACUCCUGGAAAGGUGCUUGAAUUUUACUCUUACGGGCCUGAAGGAACCCUGUUUCCUACUUCUGUAAGUUGAGCUUUGGUUCGAGGGUGCUUUCCGGGUAGCCCGCGGUUUUCAUUACUCGCAAAAACUAACCCUUCACCUCAGCUGUGCUUCGGGAUCAGAAAUGGGUCGCAUGGCGACAGUCAGAGGCGUCCUAACAAGCCUUCGACUCGGUCACAUUUGAAGUGUGUCCUUAGCAAAUUAACUUCCAACUGCAAGUAAGGGCGAUAAUCACCCCACCCACACAUUCCAACUACUGGAGGUAAAAUUUAGGGAGACUGUUCAGUGAAUUGAAAUCUUGUUCUUCUGUGAAAAAAUGUUUAAAAUUAAGCCUUCUGAAAUGGCGUUUCCUGCAUUUUCGGAAUAUGUUGUUAUAAGUGAUCCUAUAAAUUGCCAUAUAGUAACUUCAUAAAAAGGUCAAAACAGACUAUUAUGUUGCUAAAAACAGUAUGUUUAUGAUUUUUUUACGAUAUUUCCCGAAUAUUCUGAAAAAUCGGGAGAAUUUGAUAAAAAUCGGGAGACCAGGAGAUUGUAUGAAUUUUCUGGAGACUCCCGGUAAAAUCGGGAGAGUUGGAAUGUCUGCCCACCCCUACCUACAUAUAUUUCUACUAUGUAGCUAAAAUAUAACCUUUCUUUCAGGAGGAGAAGAAAACUGAGAGCUCUAACUCGAGGUCGUCCGACGCUCCCCGUACCAGUAGCAACAAUACACCUUCAUCGUCGCGUAGGACAAGAAGUUCUUCACAACCUGAAGAUGUCCCCAUGGAUACGGACGAAAAUUGGAAGAAAGUUAUCCCGCCUGUAAGUUUUGAAGUAAUAUAUGAACAACGAGAGCGAGUAUUUCACCGGGAUAUCCAAACACGAGAAAACAAUGUAUUUCGAGUGUUUGGAUAUCCCGGUGAGACACGAGCUCGAGUUGUUUAUAUGGCUUCUCAAAUGAAUCGAGACGUAACAGAAUGUUUUCGUGUUCUGAUUUGAAUAGAAUUCUUAACCAAGCAUAACGUAAUUAGGAAUUCUAUUCAAGUAAUUUUGCAUGCGUAAUUAGAUAUUUGAUGAAAACACUAGUGACUUUCAUCAAGUUUCACCGGGUUAUCCAAAUGGCAUCUUGUGACCAAAUAGGUGAUUAUCAUUGGCUGAAUUGCUCAUGAAUUAUUAAUGAUUUGAGAAUUCAAAUCAAUUUUAUUUCACACGUUUACAAAAAGAUAUAGUUAGACAUUAAUUACAUCACAAAAAGAAUCAAAAUGGAAGGGGAACAAAAGGGAGUUAAUUAUGGUAUUAUAUCGUGUACAGUGGCCAAAGUAGCUGAGAAGCUUUCGAGUUGGCCACCGUUUACAAAAUUGUUGUUUUGUGACUGUGUACAUAAAUUGCAUUUGUGACUGUUUACAUAAUUGCAAUAAAACCAGACCAGCAAGAGAUGACUCGAGAUCAAUGAAGAACAAUUUAGAACCGCAUGAUGAUAGACUUAUCCAGUAUAAAAUAAAGUUAUCGAAUUCAAUUCAAUAAUAGUUGAAUAGCCUCUUCACGUGACAUAUUAUGGUUGACAUGAUUUGCCAAUAAGCUUAUGAAUUAUUAAUGUUUAUUCCAGAAGUACACUGCACUUACUAGACAUUCAAUUCUUCAUAGGAAUGGGUACCAGUAAUAUCUCAAGACAUAAUACGUCAACAAAGAAUGCCAAGACAGGCGCCAUUUAGUGAUGCAUAUCUUAAUGGUAUGCCUCCAAAACGGAGAAAGGUAAUGUUGUUUAUGGGAUGACCACUGAUCUCGUAGUAACACUUAUUUCGUACUGGAACGCUAGGGAGGGGGGAUUGGUAAUACGAUUAUUCGUUUAUAUGUAUCAAUGCACGUUACUCUACGCCUCUAUUAUAUAAGCCUGAUUUGCAUUACACAACUUUUGCCUAAAACUUGUCGCAUGCAACCUCAAUUUCUGCAUUAUGUACUUUUUCUGGUUAUAAUUUCAUCUCAAUCGCAUGUGAAAAAGUGAUUCCAGACUUCCAGUUUGACUCAACCAAAGCCCACACUUUUUCUCGUGGUUCUUUGGUUUCCUCCUGUAUAGUAACACUGGGCCAUCACGGAAUGAUAAGUACUGUAGAGAACAGUUUAGAACCGUUAGAGCUUGAGAGAACAGUUUGGAACUGAUAGAGUUAUAUACGGUGUUAAUAAAGAUGGUUUUUCAUGCAUUGUUUCUUUUUGCUUAGAUCCAGAAAAGUGAGCCAGCUCCGUACAACCAAUGUGUCUCAGCAACUCUGAAACGAUCCAUAACAAAAGCAGGAGUUACUCCCAAAACUGAUUUAGAGAGUAAGUUAUUGAACAAGAUCUACUGACCUUCAUACAAUACAAUGCUAUAAGUACUAUAUCGAAUAUGGCCUGUGAAACGUCUUGAUGAGAACAUUCGUAUUCUUCAACAAUUUAAAAUAAAUGAAUAAUAUAUUUGGUGAGAAAAUUAAACUUAAAGUUUAUGUAAAUCAGCAUGAUUUUGUAUCAGAUAUACAAAUUCCUUCACGCUCAUAAUUUCUUUUGUGUUUUUUAUGAGAAUUAUGAAUGAGACAGUAAUGAGUUUCAUAAUAAUAAUAAUAAGAAUGAAUGGUAUCGUUUUGUAAAAUUUUUUGCCAUGGGUGGCUAUUCAUUUUUUAAUUGAUAUUUAAGGUUGGGCAAAAUUUUUUAAACUUUUUGUUGGAUCAGUAAAAUUUUUACCAUGAAUAACAUUCCCCCCCCCCCUGCCAUAAAUAAUCACCGGUCCCUUAUACUGUAUGAGAAGUUCUUUCUAAUAAAGCACCUGUAUUCUUUGCAGAGUUGAACGAAGAGGCGAACAACUCUCAGUCUCUAGAACGAGUCUUCGAGGACGAAGUCAAGAGCGAAGUAAGAAAACGUCUCUCCACUGACACGGACUACAGCAGUGAAAAAUUCCCCUCGAUACAUAAGUACUUUGAAAAAGACGAAAAACGCUAGCGUCUUGUGAACAGUGCGACAUACACACUGAUCGCAACAGUAAACACUAGAUACCUGGAUUGUGCAAAAAGUGUCAGUUUGACAUAUUGACUAUAUUGUCACACCAGACUGAACCAGUGAGCUCUACAGUAGCAGGCCUGCAAAUUAGUGUCGGUCAUCGGGCAUUAUUAGCAGGGUUGUGUAUAUGUGGAGUAAUAUUACAUAUAUUACACAUAUACACAUAUGUAUAUGUGGAGUAAUAUUAUCAGACAGUCAAGUUUUUUUCUAACGGAUCAUAUCGCUAAUCAAGUUAUCAGUUUAUAAAAUCAUAAUAUUAUUCUUUAAAUUGAAGUGAAAACACAAAAUUUGGGCACUGUCAAUUUCUCACGUGAGUUGUUACUCCAGAUAUACAUAUAUAGAGCUUACUGGAUCGGAUUCAGAACUGACGAAUUCGUCUCGUAAAAUGCCGUACUAAGUAUUAGAUAAGUCUAAGAGAAAAAUAUGAACAUUUAGACUUUUGUAUUGUUAUAAUAAUUUCAUAGCUAGGAUACGAAAUGGUUUUCAGAACAUUUUGUACAUAGUGGAAAAUUAUUAAUUUUACAAUUUGUACAUGUAAAAUAUUUACUUAUAUGGCUUAAGCUCUGGGCAAACUAGGAAACAUUGUUGCGGAAACAUUGUUUCCUACCGAUAUUUCACCAUGUUUGCCAGAGUGGGGAAACACUAGGAAACAUUAGUGAGAAACAUAGGGAAACAUCAAAUGUUUCUGAAUUUCGUAGGAAACAUUUUUGCCUCCCGGGAAGCAAAUUUUGUUUCCGCAACAAUGUUUCCACGGGUGGACAAACAUGGAAACAUUUGAGGAAACAUCGCGAAUCACAAAUGUUUCCGCAACAAUGUUUCCUAGUUUGUCCAGGGCUUUACGGGCUGUUCCUAUGAGCGGGCCAGACCAGGAUCGUUUGAAUAAACUUACCGUUACUAGAAGCAAAAUAAGCUAAAUCAACUCUGAAAUGUUAUUUUCGAUGUUUAUCAAAGCCGUGGUAGCGGUCUAAUUUUAAACAUAAGACGAACUAUCUAGAAUAUCGUGAUCUAUACAUGGGAAUGGAUAAUUUUCUCUAUUGUAAAUUGGGCCAAUUACCGCCUUUAGUUGUGUUGUUGUACAUUGAUAAAAAGUGAUAUAAUGGCUUGCGCUGACCUGUAUUCACUACCGAUAUUACGAGUGCCUUCAAAGUCAGCCAAAAAAUAAUCUGAAUUGUUUGAUAGACUAUCUUAUAGCAAUUAAUGUAAUUAAAACAUUUAGUUUGGUGUUUUGUAAAACGUGGUGUUUUGUUAAUGUAAAUUAAAUUUUACAGUUGUCAUGUA